UCCUCCGCGCAGGCGCAGAGUGGGCCCGGCGCUGCGAGGGGGCGGUGGCGGCCAUGGCGCUGAACAGGAACCACUCGGAGGGCGGCGGCGUCAUCGUUAACAACAGCGAGAGCGUUCUGAUGACCUAUGAUCACGUAGAAAUGACCUUCAGUGAUAUUGAACCGAUGCCAGAGGCAUUCAAAGGCACCAAGAAAGGGAGUGUUUUCUUGACUCCCUACCGAGUUAUCUUUGUAUCAAAGGGAAAGGAUGCUCUGCAGUCUUUUGGGAUGGCCUUCUAUUUGUUGAAAGACUGUGAGAUUAAGCAGCCUGUCUUUGGAGCAAAUUACAUCAAGGGUACAGUGAAAGCAGAGGCAGGAGGCGGCUGGGAAGGAUCUGCCACCUUCAAGAUGACCUUUACAGCUGGGGGUGCUAUUGAGUUUGGGCAGCGUAUGCUGCAGGUGGCAUCCCAAGCCUCCAGAGGUGAAGUCCCCAAUGGAGCUUAUGGCUAUUCCUAUAUGCCAAAUGGAUCCUAUGCUUUUGCACCACCUGUGGCCAAUGGGGGCUAUCCGUACCCACCGCCUCCUCCAGAGUUUUAUCCUGCUCCCCCUAUGGGAGGUGCAGACAUGGGUUACAUGCAUCUGCCACCCCCGCCGUACCCUGGGCCCAUGGAGCCUCCCUCUGGUGGUCCAGAUCUGCCUUCCACUCCUGCAGCUGAAGCAAAGGCUGCUGAAGCUGCUGCCAGUGCUUACUACAACCCAGUAAACCCACACAACGUCUACAUGCCCACGGACCAGCCACCCCCUCCUCCGUACUUCCCACCAGAGGACAAGAAAAACCAAUAAGCUACCACAGAACUUCUCCACAACUCGUUGCUUUCUUACUUCCCACUUUGGCUGAAUCCUGGGGCAUGGUCCAUAGCACUGAGGAGUAGAGCCUUACCUCAAGGCACAUAGCUUUCCUGGACUUUAGUGGUAGGUAUGAGCAGAGCAAGGGGAGAGAUCUCAGCAGCCUGGCUUACCUCGAAGAGCUCUGAGGGUUUGCAGUCCUACCACAGUUUUUCCCUUCUCCCUGUGCACGCCAACACUAGAACUGGAGGCUCUCUUUCUGAUAGUUUCCUUUAUCUCUGUUUCUUCUGAUACUUUAAAUUAUACCUCUUUAGAGUAAGCAGCUGUUGCAGAGUGAUAAUUAACAAGCUCAUAACAUGGAAACAAGGCGCCUGGGGAGUCUUGUCUUUACUUUGGGGUUCUGUGGACACAGAGGUGUCUUUAGGUAGCCCUGUAGUAUCACACCCAACUUUUCCCUCUGUUACUGAAAAAGGGCUUCAAUGGGAACCUUUGGAAUCUCAGAGAAAAUAGGUGUCCAUCAGAUUAUGCAGAUAUCUGAUAAACUUUCUUAAAAAACUGAGUUGUUCCUAACUGUCAUAACGAAUCUGAUAGCCCUCCAGAUUUUUUUGCUGUGCACUAUGAUGAUGCUGACAAGCUUCCUUUUUUGAACAAAGCUGCCCUUUGCAGGGCUGAUCAGCAGCAUCUGACUGGUUACAGAUCACAUGGGAACACUCAUUCUCACUUAUCUCUUUUUUCCAUUCCGAUACGUGGGCUUGAGAUCACAAAGCCCUGAGUAUUAUCCUUAUAGUCAUUAAUGCACUUUUUUUUUUUCCCCUGUAACACAAGUUACACUUUGGCCAGUGAAGCAUCUUACUGCUGUGAGUUAACUGGUGAAUUAAUAGCUCAUGGGAAGAAAAUAGUUGCUUCUGCCCUGGAAACACUUGAGAGAAUGUAUGAAAAGGUGAAGUAAGUUGUUAGGUGUAACUGAGCUGUGCAGCUGGAUGUUGUUUAAUGCUGUUAGUGUUCCUGGAUCAGCUGUGAGUUCAUUUGAAUGUCAGUGCUUUGCACUGAAGGUUCAGGCAUUUUCCUUCCAUAACAUUGAUCUCAUUUGCAAAGACUGUCAUGCUCAGAACCUCUGCAGCACUGAUCAGUGACCAGGCUGUGAAACUGCAUUGUACAAAGCUUUGCAUCAAUCAGAUUUUAUUGACUUUUGACAGUGUUUGUGAGGGCGAAGAUCCGUCCCAGCAAGUGUGGAGAAAGAUCAUGUGCUAGGGAACUGCUGAGACUUGCUGCAUGCAGCCUGCUUGGAGAGAAAAAGGUCCACCUCUUGUUUUCUUUUUGUCUGAGUUUAGGUGAUUAAUCAAAUCGCUGCUCUCUGUGCACUGACUUUUCUAGAAUUGCUACUGCGGUGAUGUAAAGAAAUGGUUAUUUUAAAUAUGCAUAUUAUAUAAAUAUAUAUUUAUUUUGAAAAUGUUUGAUUAAUAUAUUAAUGUGAAAUGACUUCCGAAUGCAGAUUUGUUUUGCCAAGACUGUGAAUUAAAGCGAAAUCAGCUCGAAACUUAA